AUGCCGGUAACCAGGUCGCAGAAGGAUGCCCCCUCACGUCCCGGGUCCCGUCCUUCAGAUAGGGACGCGACAGAUGGAACGUCGGGAUCAGAAGGGGUCACGUCAGCGUCGGCGUCAUCGGGAACUGCAACUACAUCGAACACUUCUUCGGGUACCACGACCACGGAGGGCACCACAGUGACGGAGACUACGGUUACGACUGCAACUACGGCGGCGUCUAUGGAAGGCAACAAAGAAGAUGCUGCACAGAGGAUGACCAGGAAGAGCCAAGAAGAUGUACCUGGAAAGGAUGUUCAAGGCUCCUCCAAGACCCUGAAACCGAUGGGGGUCAGUCGUCGCGCCAGGUCCACGAAGACCACGAGUUCCUCGGCCAGAAGACGCGAGCUAGAAGCAAAGGAAGAGUUGGCACGCCUGGAGUUGAAGCAAGCACAGGCUGAAACUAAGCUAGCCCGUGUCAGAUUGGAGAUGGCACAGUGUGAAGAAGAGGACUCCGUGGAUGAAGACCUGGAAGACAGAACAGCACAGGUGCAGAACUGGAUCGAGACGUCUGUGCUGGAGGAUGGCAACAAAGUUCAACCAGAGAUGCGAGGUCCACACCCCUUGGAAGAGCCACAGAAGAUGAAGCCUGAAGAGAACUCCUCAACGAGAGGAGCUACGAUUGAAAUUCAAGCACUGACGGCAGCAUUGAAGGAAGCUCUUACCACGCGAGGACCAGCAGGACAGCCAACCUACAUUCACGAGUUACCCUACUUCGACGGCAACAGCAGCGAGUGGAUGGCCUUCAAGGUUGUCUAUGAAGAUACAGCACCGAUGUUCAACAACGUCCAGAAUAUGGCUCGGCUAAGAAGAGCACUGAAGGGCAACGCAAGAGAAGCUAUCAAGAGUCUGCUGUACUCCGAAGCCUCUCCGAUGGAAGUGAUUCAAGCCCUCAGAAGAAGAUAUGGAAGACCAGAUGCACUGGUGCUGGCAGAGUUGGACAAGGUCAAAACGUUGCCGAAGAUUUCUGAAAACCCAAGGGACAUAUGCCUCUUCGCGAGCCAGAUCAGCAACAGCGUAGCGGCAAUAAAAGGAUUGAAGAAACCACAGUACCUGCAUUCACCUGAGAUGGUGAAACAAAUUAUUGAGAAGAUGCCUACGAUCCUCAAGUUCCGAUGGUACGACUUCAUUGAAACAACAGAAGAAGGCGAGUUCUCCGACCUAACACUGGUGUCCAAGUUCCUGAACAGAGAAGCAGACAAGUGUGGAGCCUAUGCAUCAACAGAAGAGAAGAGCGGGUUCAGACGGACUCAUCGACAAGCAACGCAUUCAACUAAGGAAAAGGACUUCAAAGAAAAGGUUUCAAGAUCAGAGAAGACUUGCCCCAUGUGUGAGGGUGAACACUUCCUCGUCGGGUGUCAGAAGUUCCUGAAGGCGUCUGUGCAAGAUCGAUGGGCAAUAGUGAAGAAAAGCCGCGUUUGCUUCAAGUGUUUACAAGGGACACAUCGGAAGGAGAGCUGCAAGAAGCCGUCGUGCAAGGAAUGCAAGAGGUGGCAUCAUCAUCUGCUGCACGUCGAGACAGAGAAAAGUUCCUCGGAAGAACAGAAGAACAAACCACAAGAAGUGGCGAGCAUCAUGGCAUCGGUGAAUGCGGUCAACAACGCAAGGGCAUACCUGAAGAUAAUUCCGAUAGAAAUCUUCGGGUCAAAAGGAUCAAAGAAGAUAUUGGCCCUCAUGGAUGAAGGGUCAACAGUGUCGCUGCUAGACCAGAAGGUAGCAGAAGAAAUCGGCGCUCAAGGAAGAAAGGAGGAACUGGUCAUCGAGACUGUUGGAGGCAGGCUGAUAAGGAAGGAAGACUCUCAGAUGCUUGACCUUACGGUGAAGGGGAUUCAUCAGAAGACCAAGAAGACCUUGAGAAGAGUCCGGACCAUCGAAGAGUUGAAGCUUGCACCGCAGUUCCUAGAAAAGAAAAGGAUAGAAGAGUGUCAACACUUGAAGAAGAUUGCUGACUCUCUAUAUUAUAAGGGGGAGUCACCACAGCUGCUCAUCGGUCAAGACAACUGGGAGCUAAUCGUGACUCAAGAAGUAAGAAGAGGGAAACCAGGACAACCAGUCGCUUCAAGAACAGGACUUGGAUGGGUGCUCCACGGGUCAGACACUGGAGGCGCGAAAGUGGUGCACUUCUUAAACACGUGUCUACAUGUCAGCACGCCAGAAGAAGAGAUGCAUCAAGCCAUCAAGGAUCACUUCGCAAUCGAAGCACUUGGAGUACUACCAAGAAGACCCACUACGGAUUCAGAAGAAAGAGCACUCACCAUCCUAGAGAAGACCUGCAGAAGACUAGAAGAUGGUCGAUUUGAAGCUGGACUUCUAUGGAAAAAUGAAGAUGAACAGAUGCCUGAAAGCUACACGUCUGCCAAGAACCGAUUGUUCAACAUUGAAAAGAAGAUAGACAAAGACCCUCAGCUGAAGGCAGAAUACAAUAAGCAGAUCCAGCAUCUAAUCGACAGCAAGUAUGCAGAAGAAGCACCUGGUGGACAAGAAGAUUCAAAGAAGACAUGGUACCUCCCUCAUUUCUCCGUGGUACAUCCAUUGAAGAAGAAAAUAAGGAUCGUCUUCGACGCUGCAGCCAAGUCUAAAGGGAGAAGCCUCAACGACGCUUUACUACCGGGACCAGACCUACUGCAAUCGCUCUUCGGGGUAUUACUGAGGUUCCGGCAAGGCCCGUUUGCAGUGGCAGCCGACAUAAAGGAAAUGUUCCUGCAAGUUCGCAUCCGGCCAGAAGAUAGAAACAGCUUGAAGUUCCUGUGGCGAGGGGAUCGUCGUGACGUAGCACCGAAGGAGUACAGAAUGACAUCAGUCAUCUUCGGCGCGACAUCAUCUCCUAGCACAGCGAUCUACGUGAAGAACCGGAACGCGGCGGACUACAAGAAGCAGUACCCAGAGGCAGCAAAGGCAAUCGAGCUGAACCAUUACAUGGAUGACUACCUGCACAGCUUCCAUUCAGAAGAGGACUUCAAGAGAAUUACAGCGCAGGUGGACUUCAUUCACAAAAAGGCGGGCUUCGAACUCCGAGGAUGGGCGUCAAACCACUCCGACCUGCUGCAAGACGUGAAGACUGAGUCAGUUGAGAAGACAGAGGUGGACCUUGGUGAGAAGGAAGAGAAGACACUGGGACUACGCUGGUUUACAGAAAGGGACUCCAUAGGCUUUAGGGCGAACCUUCGGAACACGCCAGAUGAAGUGGCACAAGGACUCAAGGUACCUACGAAGAGAGAAGUCACCAGCGCCGUGAUGUCGACCUUCGAUCCACUAGGGCUAGCAUCACCAAUUCUCAUCCAAGGCAAAAGGCUGCUCCAGAACAUAUGGCGAAGUGGCGUCGGUUGGGAUGAAGAGAUAGAAGAAAAGGAGUACGAGUCAUGGAAGACUUACCUGGAGAAGAUGAAGCUGCUCCAAGACCUUCAGAUCCCGAGAUGUCUGGCACCACGUCGCACCGAGGGGGAGCUGCACACGUUCACGGAUGCAAGCGAAAUGGCGUAUGCAGCUACGGUAUAUUGGAGAACUGAAAAUCAAAAUGGGACUUAUGACGUCAGCUUAGUAGCAGCAAAAGUAAGAGUCGCUCCGUUGAAGCCGGUGUCAAUCCCGAGACUCGAGCUGCAAGCGGCCCUCCUAGGAAGCAGAUUGGCACACUCGGUCGAGGAAGAAAUGGAUCUGAAAAUAGAAAAGAAGACGUUUUGGACAGACUCCAGUAUCGUGCUAUCAUGGAUCAAGACGGACCCGAGAACCUUCAAGACAUUCGUGGCUCAUCGCUUGGCGGAGAUAGAAGAUCUCACAAAACCACAGGACUGGAGAUGGGUACCGACGGCGCAGAACCCUGCAGAUGAUGCAACACGUGACGUACCAGAACACUUCGACUGCCAACACCGAUGGUACACCGGACCAGGGUUUCUAAGAAGAGAUGAAGUUCACUGGCCUGCGGCAAGAACAUUCAAGAAAGAAACCACUGGCGAAGAAAAGGCAGCGGACAUCGUAGCGACUGCAGGCAGCUCCUAUCCAUCACCAGAUCCCGAAAAGUUCUCGUCGUGGAAAAGACUUUGGCGAGCUACAGCAAGAGUACUGCAGUUCAUACAACUCUGCAGAAGAAAGGAAAAGGUCCACGCCAGCAAAGAAGAUCCUACCUGGAAAACUACAAAAAGGAAUAAGAAAAUUGUUGAGAAGCGACAUCUGUCUUCAAAAACGUCAGAAAGGAAAUACAUACCAUUGGAAACAAGUCUACUAGAGCAAGCUGAAACGCUGUUGUUAAGAAGAAGUCAAGAGAAAUGCUUCAAAGAGGACAUCAGGUGCCUACAGCAAGGAAAACAAUUAGAGGGCAGCAGCAAGUUGAAAAGGCUCGACGUAGUGCUAGAAGAAGGUCUCCUGCGACUGAAAGGAAGAAUCGACGCGAUACGAGGGGUUACCAGAGACUACAAACGACCCAUCGUACUCGACAGCAAGGACAAGACAACACUUCUCAUCAUAGAAGAAUUUCACUGCCGCUUCAAUCACGGGAAUCACGCGACCGUAAUGAACGAAGUAAGACAACGCUUCUGGGUGCUAGGACUGAGGUCAGCGAUCAAGACCAUUCAACAUCAAUGCCAGUGGUGCAAAACAAGAAAGGCAAGACCUCAAGAACUACCAGUGGGCAACUUACCUGCUGAGAGGCUGAUGCACGGAAACCCUCCAUUUACGUGCACGGGAAUAGAUUACUUCGGCCCUAUGACGAUCACCGUAGCAAGACGCCAUGAGAAGAGAUGGGGUGCUCUAUUCACAUGCUUAACAACACGAGCUGUACACAUUGAGCUCACUCCUUCACUCUCCACUGACAGCAUGAUCAUGGCACUACGACGAUUCGCCGCGAGAAGGGGAAUGCCAAAGAUAAUCUACACCGACAAUGGCACUAACUUCGUUGGCGCCAACAAAGAACUCAAAGAAGCACUAGACACCAUGAAGCAAGAAGACCUUAUCUCGGAAGCGGAGAAGAUCGGUGUGCAGUGGAAGUUCAUACCUCCUGGUGCACCAAACAUGGGAGGUGCAUGGGAGCGUCUGGUGCGAUCCAUUAAAACCGCACUGGACGCCACGCUCAACGAAAGGCAACCACGAGAGGAGGUACUUCAUACCCUCCUGUUAGAGGCCGAGCACAUAGUCAACUCUCGGCCCCUCACCCACCUCUCCGAGAACCCUGAAGAAGAAGCACUUACACCGAACCACUUUCUCAUCGGGCGAUCAUGUGGCGCAGCAAGAAUCGGCAGCUUCGAGGACAACGAGCUUGUGGGCAGACACACCUGGAAGGCUACGCAGCGACUUGCCGAUCACUUCUGGCAACGUUGGCUGAGAGAGUAUUUGCCCACUCUACUACCAAGGAAGACCAAAGGAAGAGUCAGCGCCACAGAUUUGCAAGUCGGAGACAUCGUACUGAUCGUCGAUCACAGCCUACCAAGAUGCAUCUGGCCACGCGGAAGAAUCCUGCAUGUGUAUCCUGGACCAGACGGGCGGACCAGAGUCGUCGACGUCGAGACCAGAGGAGGUGUUCUACGGAGGCCCAGUUCGAGAGUGGUGCUGUUGGUGCCGGGAGCGUCGCCGAGUCCAGGAGUUGGUGCAAAGCACGAGGGGGAGAAUGUCGGCGACGGAAAACUUAUCUUCGAG